AUGAGUGACCAGUCUAGGCUCUUCGGCCGGGAUCUUGCGGCCCAGCUUGACCGUGAUGACGUUCUCCGUCACCUCCGCGAUGAGUUCAACAUCCCCUCCAAGACCGACGUAGCACGGAGCACCCUACCCCCUGAUACCACCACGGGCAAGUUGAUGUUCCUCUCAAUGCCUCGAUCCGCAAUCUACCUUGUGGGCAAUUCGCUCGGUCUCCAACCCAAGCGCACCGCCGAACGCAUCCAGCAGUACCUUGCGACAUGGCGCACUCAGGGCGUCCAGGGGCACUUCAAGCCACUCAAGGGCUCUCCGCUACCGACGUGGCUCGAUGUCGAUGCUCGCGCUGCCGAGAUGAUUGCGCCUAUCGUCGGGGCGCAGGUCAGCGAGGUGGCAGUCAUGCAGACCUUGACGGCGAACCUGCACUUUUUGAUGGCGGCUUUCUAUAAGCCGGAUAUCAAGGGGCGCCAUAAGAUUAUACUAGAGAGCAAAGCGUUUCCCAGUGACCACUAUGCCGUCGAGACGCAAAUACGCCAUCAUGGCCUCCGUCCCGAAGACUCCAUGAUCACCCUCGAGCCUCCCAACUCGGAAGACAUCCUCUCCAACGAAUACGUCGAGUCCGUCAUCGCCGAACACGCCUCAACCACCGCCGUCCUCCUCCUCCCUGGCAUCCAGUAUUACUCGGGCCAGCUGCUCGACAUCCCGCAUCUGACGGCCUUUGCUCGCGAACGUGGCAUAUUUGUCAUCUGGGACCUCGCCCACGCUGUUGGAAACGUGCCGCUCUCGCUACAUGACUGGUCCGUCGAUGCUGCCGCUUGGUGCACCUACAAGUACCUCAAUGGCGGACCGGGCUGCAUCGGCGGCCUGUUUGUCCAUGAGCGGCAUACACAGGUUGACGAUGAUGGAAAGCACAACGUGAGGCUCGCUGGAUGGUGGGGAAACGACAAGAAGAACCGCUUCGCUAUGAGGCCAGGCUUCAAGCCCGUCCCUGGAGCAGCAGGCUUCCAACUGAGUAACCCCUCUGUCCUAGACAUAACGUCACUCUGCGCCUCCCUCGAAGUCUUCGACCUCGCCGGCGGCUUGGCCCCCCUUCGCGCCAAGAGCAGGAAGCUAACAGCCUACCUCGUCUCGGAACUAUACCGCCUACCAGAGGACAUGGGAGGAUACUGGCGCAUCAUCACGCCGGGCGAAGAGGACCGACGAGGUGCGCAGAUAAGCGUGUUACUUGCGGAUGGACUGCUGGACGAUGUGAUGGCCGGACUGGAGAGAAGGGGGGUCUUGGUUGACGAGAGGAGGCCGAAUGUGAUCCGUGUUGCUCCAGCGCCUCUAUACAAUACCUUCAAGGACUGCUGGGACUUUGUGGUGGCGUUCAAGGGGGCUCUUGAGGAGGCGUUGGAUUCCAAGUGGAAGAGAGAACAAAUGGACGAGUAG